AUGGGAGGCCAUGGAGGUUUGAACAUUCUCCCACAGAAGCGAUGGAACGUGUACAACUUCGAUAACCGUGAGAAAGUAAAGCGAGACGAGGAAGCCGCGGCUAAAGAGGAACAGCUCAAGCAGGAACAAUCUCGCAAGCGCGAUUCCGAAUAUCGGCUCGAGCAGCUUCGUCAAGCCCGUGGCUUAUCAUCUGCAGCAGCGCCGUCGUCUUCAUCGUCAAGUCACGUCAAAAAAUCGUCAUCAGAACAGAAAUCGCCGGAGGAGAAACCGGGAAAGAAGGAUUCUAACCACAUCAACUUGUUCGAAGGGAUUCGAAUAUUUGAUCCAGUUAAAGUAAAAGAUGAGGAGAAAGACGGAAGGGAUAAGAAGAGAGCGAAGAAAGAACAACCACCGAGAGUUAUUACUCCGGAGGAUGAGAAGUAUAGGUUAGGGUAUGGAAUUGUUGGUAAAGGAACGAAAUUGCCUUGGUAUUUGGAGAAACCGAAAGAGGAUUCUAGUGAAAAGAGUGACGAAGAUAAUGAUUAUUCAAGGUCUGUGAAAAAGAGUAAUGGGAAAAAGACGGUGGAGGAAUUGCGACAAGAGAGGUUGGAGAGGGAGAGGAAGGAAAAGGGAAGAGAGAGAGCUUUGUUAAUGGAGAAGAAUCGAAGAGAUGGAGGAUUCUCACGACGAAGAUGA